GCCAGUCGUGUCCCAGCAGCGGCACCGUCGACAUGUAGCUGCGCCGGGUGACUUCUUUCCGCUCGUGCUCCUCGCCCUGGUCGUCGAGGCGUUAGUGUUAGCGAGAUAGGCCUACACGCGGGUGUAUUGUUUUUCUUCUUUAGGCCCAACAGGAGUGUGCAGUGAGUGAUGUAUAACUUAAGUCAAAACGCAACAAGUACCUGAGAGAUUAAGAUAUAUUUUAUAAAUGUAUAUGUCUGUGUAUAUAUAUGAAUAAAAGAGAGCACCCAAAAACCUUUGAACAAAUCACAAACAAAAACCAAAGAGAGACAAAGUAAAUAGACCGAUAGACAAUCUCACCCCCCAAAAAUUAAAGACAAUGCGAGCGAGAGCGUCUUACCCUGAGGGACGCCGAAAACUCCUGAUGGCGGCGCUGGGUCUCUUGUCUCUGAUGGUGUUAGCGCCGGUUGCUGUGGCCCAGUUCAAGACGGAGCGGCCGCCUUAUCCGGACUUCCUUAAUUACGGAAAGAAAAAGUUCACCAAACCCGGAAUCGAACUGGAGAAUGAGAUUAUCAAGUCCAAAGUCGAGGUUUUGGGCGAGAUCCUCAAGAGCCACGUCCAUCAGCUGAGACAGGCACCGGGCCAGAGAGUGGAGCUGGUGUUCCUCGUCGACGCCUCAGCCUCCGUCGGCGCCGAGAACUUCUUCAAUGAGAUCAAGUUCGUCAAGAAGCUGCUGGCGGACUUCGCUGUCUCGUAUAACCAGACCCGGGUCGCUGUCAUCACGUUUUCGAGCAAGAGCAAGGUGAUCCGACACAUCGAUCACGUGACCCAAGCAUCCCCUGACAACCACAAAUGCACCCUGUUAGAAACGGAACUGCCGAGAAUCAAGUACUCGGGUGGGGGAACCUACACCUUGGGGGCAAUGCUGGAAGCUCAGAGUGUCCUCGCCCUCGCCCGCAACAACGCCAGGAAAGCCGUGUUCCUUGUGACGGACGGAUACAGCAACGGCGGCGACCCGAGACCAGCAGCCGCUUUCCUGCAGGCUCGCGGGGUCACUAUCUUCACCUUCGGCAUCAGGAAUGGCAAUGUCAAGGAACUGUAUGACAUGGCAUCGGUGCCGAAGGAGGAACACUCUUACAUUCUCGACACCUUUGAGGAGUUCGAAGCCCUGGCGAGGAGGGCUCUCCAUGAAGACCUGCACAGCGGCUUCCUCAUCCACCAGCCUCCCCGGACGUGUGGGAAGCUGUGCCAGGAAGGAACCUACUGCUGUGACGCCGACGCAGCCUGCACGUGCGACACACACACGGGGCACUACGCCUGCACGUGUCGUAAGGGAUACUACGGCACGGGGAUUCUGGGCGACUGUAGACCGUGUCCCCCUGGAACCUACCGGACGCACCAAGGGCCUGGCGACAUGUCCUCGUGCUCGCCGUGUCCAGACCCACACAUGGUGAGCGACGCGGCCUCUACUUCGCCCCAGCAGUGCUACUGUAAGAGGGGCUUCAAGCAAGUGGGCCAGGAGUGCCUCAUGUUGCAGUGCCCGGUGCUCGCGCCUCCGGAAAACGGCUACUUCGUGCGCAACACUUGCAACAACGUGGUCAACGCGGCGUGCGGCGUGCGUUGCAACCCUGGCUAUACCCUCAAGGGCUCCUCCAUCAGGAUGUGCGGCGAGAAUGGCGAAUGGACGGGGUGGAACGCCCGAUGUGUCAUGAAAUCCUGCCCAAGUCUCAAGCCCAUGGCCCACGGGACGAUGGUGUGCACGCAGCCCACGCCCAUCAUGGACACCGAGUGCCACUUCACCUGCGAUCCGGGAUACCAGCUCGUGGGGUCCAAGAUGAGGACCUGCCUGCCGGUGGCCAUGUGGGACGGGAUACCAGCCUAUUGCAAACCCAUCUUCUGCCCGCGCCUUCCUCCUCUCCUCAACGGUAGGAUCCGACCCGGUUCCUGCUCCUCCUCCAAGUCCAAGUACGGGUCGAGGUGCGAGUUCGCCUGCGACUCCGGGUACCAGAUAAGUGGACCGAUUAAGACCACUUGCAUCGACCUGGAGUGUGGUCGGAAGGGCCAUAAGUCCCCUCGGUGUGUAGACGUAACUCCACCAGUGAUUCAGUGUCCAGAGAACAUAACGACAGCGACCGAACCUCACGAAGUCUAUGCGAACGUCACUUGGAAUCAACCUCAUGUAAAAGAUAACUCCAAGGGCAAGAUCAAAUUGCACACAGUCCCGGCCACCAGUCAGCCCAUGAAAAUGAAACUAGGGAACCACACCAUUACUUACGUCGCCAUGGACAAACUAGGGAACAAGGCGUCAUGCGAAUUUUCUGUCACCGUUGUUGACAAGGAACCACCACGAAUAGAUGAGUGUCUCUCCCCCCCUGUCUUCCUGUCCCACGAGGAGGUGGUGGACGUGUAUUGGGAGGAACCCCUAUUUUCGGAUAAUUCUGGAGGAGAAGUCAAGAUAACACGAUCCAAGGAACCCGGGCAGUUCCCUCAAGGAGACACCUUAGUAGAAUACUGGGCAGAAGACGCGGCAGGCAACGUAGCAACUUGCAACAUCACCAUCACGGUUCAAAAACACGCGUGCCAGAUGCCCGUGGACCCCAUCAACGGAGCUGCCAACUGCACCGAGAACCCUGACGCCGUCUUCUGUACUCUCACCUGCGAGGACAGCUACGCCUUCGCCAUGAGGCCUCAGCAGGACUACUUCUGCGCCUACGAUGGGAUCUGGCUUCCGGACGAAAACCCUAUGCCCUUCCCAGACUGUUCGGUGACGUCAGUGUCAAACAGCAUCUCUCAGUACGGCGAGAUGGCAAUGGGAGAAGAAGACGAUUCGAUCUGCGAUGACAUCUUCUUCAUGGGGCAGGUUGAAAAUCAGCUAGAAAAGAAACUAGAAGACGCACUAACCGCCAUGUGCUCUGAUGACGUAGUGUGCGAGGUGGCAGCGGUGGAGGCCGUGUGCGAAAGCAUCCUCGCCGACGCAGAGGAAGAAUUCAACUCCAUUGGCUUCUUCAGGAAAAGAAGGUCGGCGGAAGAAGACGUCCUGAACCUAUACUGGCCCCAGCGACACUCCGAAGCAGGCUGGCUGUACUGGCAGAGGGGGGCGGCAGGCGUGGCGGGAGAGAGGGUCAAGCGAGACGCUCUUCUGCGGGAGUUCGAUGCGCUCGACGACUUCCAGCGCCGGAAGAGGCAGUUCGGCCUGACGAUUCAACAGUUUCUCGGCGAGAAGACGACGACUCAGGCCCCGGCGACGGCGAACAAUAGGGGCGAGAACUACCUCGGAGUCCUCAUCGACCUCAUCACCAAAUCCCUCGCGUCCGACGUCAGCACGGUGCGGUUCAACUCCUUCCUCACCAAACUGAGUCCUCAUGAGGGGGACUUCACAACCAACGACUUCCUCCAAGCUUUCUCGGAGGAGUUCGGCGAGGACAAGACCAAAAGGCUCCGCGAACUGGCCGGCAAGCAACUGAGUGGUAUGAAGAUCCCGGGGAUUCACCCUCUUGACGAAACGCAAGCCAAGAACCGCACAGUGAGGGACAACGACAGCGACCCUUUCCCCUCGUUUCCCGGCGAUGAAAUCUCGUCGAAUGACUACGACGUCGAUUUCGGUUCCCCUUCUAUCAUCUUCCCGGGUGAUCUCGAUCCGACGACGCCCGCGCCCCCUGAGGGCAAGAGGACUUUUAAGAUACGAUUCACUGUAGAAGGUCACGGUUCAGGAGCGAAGGACCAGGUAGGAGUGGCUAUGGAUGGCCUCCUUAAAGCCGCGGGUGAUGGCCAGCUAGACGUGAACUUUGGCCAAAGGCAGCUCCGUGUAGCGGCCAUAAGGCUCAAGGAAAAUCCAGAAUACCUUUGCGAACCUGGGAGCAUCUCGCAGGGUGACAAGUGCGUGAAGUGUCCCGUUGGCACCUUCUUCAACGUGGUGCUAAAGGAGUGCCAGUCGUGCCCAAAAGGGUCAUUCCAGCCUCAGGAGGGCCAGGUGUCAUGCAUCGUGUGUCCCUCCAACACCUCCACGAAAGUCAGUAGUGCUAAGAGUGACCAGGACUGUAAAUCCCAGUGUCUGCCGGGGUCUUUCUCCGAGGACGGACUGGAACCGUGCGUGACGUGCGACCUCGGCCAGUACCAGGACGAGUACGCUUCUUUCUCAUGCGCUUCUUGUCCGCACAACACCACGACUUGGAGGAGAGGCUGCUGGGUCAUCGCAGAGUGCCAGCCGGCCUGUGAACCUGGCUCAGUGUCAGAGACGGGGCUGCAGCCUUGCUUCGACUGUCCCGUUGGCUUCUUCCAGGAGAAGAGCGGCCAGACCGAGUGCUUCAGGUGCCCUCACGGCGCGGAGACUGACGGCCAAGGCUCUACCUCAUUUUUCCAAUGCCAUGGCGUCACUGAGGGAGAUCAGGCGGCGCACACGAGCCUGGACACCCUGACCAUCAACGACUGCUUCAGCACACCUUGCCUCCACGGCGGGUCCUGCAGCGCCUUAGACUUCGGAUACGUGUGCCAGUGUGUUUCCGGUUAUUCAGGCCAGCAGUGCGAGUCCGAGAUCGACGAGUGCGAAAGCGACCCCUGCUUCAACGGGGGGACUUGCCUCGACAUGCUCGACGGCUUCCACUGCGAGUGUCCGCCGGGGUUCACGGGCUCCCAGUGCGAAGUCGACAUCAACGAGUGUGAGCCCGACCCCUGUCAGAACGGUGGCACAUGCGCCGACCUCACCGAUUCUUUCAAGUGCAUCUGUCAGAGUGGCUACACUGGCGAAGUGUGCGACAUGGACAUCGACGAAUGCGCCACCGGCCCUUGCGCAGAGGGGGCGACGUGCGAGGACCGCCUGAACGACGUGGUGUGCGUGUGUCCCCCGGGCGUGACGGGGCGGUUCUGCGAGACGCCCAUCAACGAGUGCGAGUCCUCACCCUGCGAGCACGGCCUCUGCAUCGACCAGGUCAACGCAUUCAAGUGCGUGUGUGAAUCGGGUUUCGAAGGUGACACAUGCGCCAUAAACACAGACGACUGUGCCUCUGCCCCGUGCCAGAACGGUGGCACUUGCACGGACUGGGUCAACAGCUUCUCGUGCGCCUGCAGCCCUGGAUACACUGGCACCAACUGCGAAACAGAGAUGUCAACGGAUUUCAUCCUCGAUUUCCCCAAGUCUGGAAUUUUGGAUUACGCAGCCAUAGAAAAGGUUUCUCGUCCCAUGAACAGCUCGUCGGCGUGCUUCUGGAUGAAAACCGAUGACCGCGACAACUACGGAACGCCCUUCAGCUACGCUACGGAUUCCCAUGACAACGCCUUCACCGUCACUGACUAUAGCGGUUUUGUGUUGUAUGUGAACGGCGAUAAGCGCAUCACAGAUGUCGGUGCCAACGACGGGCUGUGGCACUUUGUGUGUGUCACCUGGAAGAACCUUAACGGUACUUGGGCCAUUUACCUGGACGGUCAGCUGGCCGACAGUGGCACCGGAUUGGCACCAAAUGCGACCAUAGAAGCCUCAGGGACACUGGUGUUAGGCCAGGAGCAGGACCAACGCGGCGGCAGCUACAGUCCGCAGGAGUCCUUCCGAGGAGAAAUAACGCUCUUGAACCUGUGGGACGAGGAGCUCUCGCUGGCCAACGUCGCAGGAAUCUUCUCUCGCUGCGACAGAUACGUCGGGAGUGUCGCCGGAUGGCCGGACUUCCAGGCUGGGAUCAAGGGGCAGGUUAAGGUGAAGCCGUCAACCUUCUGCCGUGGCUGUGGCGUCCCAUCGAAGCCCAGCAACGGCCAGGUGCAGGUGAACGGCGGAGGGGCAGGUGCUGUGGCAAACAUCGAGUGCGACCAAGGCUUCAAGUUGUAUAGCGGCGACGCGGAGAGAACGUGCCUUGUGCAUGGCAUGUGGUCCGGUCCAGAGCCGGAAUGUCGACGCGUUACGUGUGGCUUCCCCGGGUACCUGCUGAACGGACACGUGAAUGGCACCACAUAUAGCUUCGGGGACGUCGUCAGCUACACGUGCAACCCCGGCUUCGUGAUCCGCGGGGUGAGCAACCGAACCUGCCAGGACGACGGGAUUUGGACGGGAGAGCACCCCGAGUGCGAAGUAAUCAAGUGCCCGAAUCUCCACGCGGGUCCCAAUGGCCAGGUGACCAGUCAUCUCGGGAACUAUAUGCCCACCAACCAAAUAUCCUUCGCCUGCGAGGAAGGGUACCUGAUGGACGGUCCUCCGGUGCUCACUUGCGGCGGCGACGGCGAGUGGGAUGGGAGUCCUCCUGCCUGCCAGUCGGAGGCUUGCGGGGAGAUGCCCAGCAUCGUGAAUGGGUACGCGGAGGGCGGCCCCGUCGUGCGGCCAGGGGAGCAGGUGGAGGUCAAGUGUAACACAGGCUACAAACUGCAGGGCGACCCCAUGGUCACGUGCAAGGACGACUUCACGUGGUCGCGGCCGCUUCCCAAGUGCAAUGUCCCCAAGUGCGAGAAACCUCCGGCUGUCGUCAACGGCAGGGUCAAGGUGCGAGCUUCAUCCACCUCCAGGGAGGCUGUCUACAUGUGCGAUCCUGGCUUCAUCGUGGUAGGGGCAAAGACCCUUUCCUGUGGCGCAGAUGGCGAGUGGAGCGGGCCUUGGUCCACGUGUGAAGCACUACCCUGCCCCAACCCUACUGUGCCUGCCCACGCCGUCUUGCCCGAGAAGGAUGUGUGGCGAGUCGGAGACCUCCUGGCGUAUGAGUGCGAGUUGGGGUACCUUCUGCAGGGGAGCAGUUUCACCGAGUGUAUCGACAACGGCGGCAAAGGCGAGUGGAAUGGUGCUGUUCCCAAGUGUGUGAUUGCUACGUGUCCGCCGCCCAACAAGCCCGAGAAUGGGAUCGUUUCAGUCGUGCACAGGCCUCAGAACCCUUCAGCUGACCUCACUACAUUAGUCCUCCCAACGGUUUCCGGGGAGUUUGAAUUUCGUAGAAAACGCAGUCUAGAUUUUCCGAGUUUUCCAAGUAUUGGCCAGUCUAGUUCUGACAAGGACCCUGAUUGGCUACCGGAAGAUUAUGAUUAUGAUAACUCGCAUGGUACUGGUCAAUCUUCGCUCGAUUACUCUGAUUAUUCACAGAACACUGGCCAGUCUACCACAGAUUAUGAUUAUACUGGACAGGAAUCAGGCGGCUUUGAUGUCUUUGGAAAUGCUGGGGGUUCUGAUUAUGAAGAUUUCGGCCAGCAAACAGGUGGCUCCGAAUUUUCUCAAAGUACAGGGCAGUCUGCUGAUUAUGAAGACUUCGGACAGCAAACGGGUGGCUUCGAACUUUCUCAAAAUCCCAGGCAGUCUUCUGAUUAUGAAGACUUCGGACAGCAAAGUGGCUUUCAAUUAGGGACAGGUCAGUCCACGGAUUUUGACUACACUGGACAGAAUACUGGUCAGACAUUUAUAUCUUAUGACGACUUGGCUCAGUCUAGUACGCAGCAAAGUGCUGGUGGUCUCAGUCUAGUACAAAAGGGGGACUACGUAUAUGGUGUAGAAAUUGAAUACGACUGCAGCCUUGGGUAUAAACUUCUUGGUGCCCGAAAAAGACACUGCACGGAAACAGGUGACUGGGAUUCACCAGAACCUCGAUGCUACGAACAGUUCUGCUCAGAGUUACCCCCUGUGCAGAAUGGAUAUAUCAUUUACCAUGGGUCUGGCGUUAAUAGUCAAGCAGAAUAUGUAUGUAAUCCUGGCUACAGCCUUGUUGGGGCAGACUUUCAACUUUUGUGCCAGAUGGAUAAGACAUGGGUGGGAGAAAUACCCACUUGUGAGAUCAUGGACUGUGGAGACCCACCAGAUAUCGAGAACGGAACUAUCUCAUUCACAACAACCACUUACGGUUCUAUGGCAACAUAUGACUGCUUCUUUGGGUUCGUGAUAGAGGGAAGCUUCGAGCGAUACUGUGGAGCUUUGGGCUUCUGGAAUGGCUCUGUUCCUCGCUGUAUUGCUGUUACCUGUGACCCACCUGAGGUGAUUGAAAAUGGUUACAUAAGCUUUGAUGGGAGCCUGUAUGUUGGUUCCCCAAUAGAGUACGAGUGCAAGGUUUGUUACAAGCUGAAUGGGACACGAUACAGAACCUGCAAUACAGAUGGUACAUGGACCCUAGAGGAACCAACUUGCAACCAAAUAUACUGCAGUGAAAUUCCUGCUAGCAUCCCGAAUGGGAAAGUUAUAGGUGAUGAUAAUUCCUGUGGCUCACUCGUGGAAUACGAGUGUUCUCCUGGAUAUCGCAGAAAUGGCAGGCGGAAUGCCACAUGUCUGGAGAGUGGAAAGUGGAGUUCGGAAAUGCCAACAUGCGAGAGGAUCAGCUGUGGACCGCCACCUCUUUUGGCAAAUGGUCAACACAUAGGUCAGUCGUAUGAUUUCACAGACAAAAUUACCUUUGAGUGUAAUGAAGGCUACCUCAUGACUGGACACAAAUUACGUGUUUGCCAAGCAGACGGCACCUGGUCUGAGUCUUCUCCUGUGUGUAACAUUGUAAAUUGCACCAAGCCUCAAGGGCCCUCAAAUGCAAAGAUAAGGAUGAGUGGUCUGUUCUUUGGGUCUUAUAUUGAGGUGGUAUGCAAUCCAGGAUACACCAUGGAUGGGGACAAAGACUUAAUGUGUAAUGCGGAUGGAAACUGGGAUAAAGAAAUGCCAUACUGCUUGCCAGUCAUUUGCCCACCAGCUCCCCAACUACCAUAUGCAACUUACAACUCAAGUGAGAAACAGUUCGAAGCCUUCACUGUCUUGAAAUAUACCUGUGACAGUGGAUAUCGUUCUGCAGGAUCAAAUAACAUUUUGACAUGUGGAGCUACAGGUGAAUGGGAAGGCGAAGCAAUUCAGUGUCAGCCUGUGGACUGUGGAGAUCCUGGUACUCUGCCAAAUGGCGAUAUUGGCGGGAGCAAUCACACUUUCGGUAGCGUGAUUACCUUUACCUGCAAUCCAGGUUACAAGCUUUUGGGUUCCCCGACGGCAGAGUGUUUAGCAGACGGCUCCUGGAGCAAUUAUGUCACUUCCUGUAUACAGAUCUUAUGCCCAUCCCCGUUGCAGAUUACAAAUGGUAAGAUAGUGUCGGGUGGCAGUGGUAGUACAUUUGGUGCUUCCGUAACGUAUGAAUGUGGCCCCGGAUACAUAAUGACUGGUGAUGCCACCCGGACGUGUACUGACAGUGGAUCCUGGACUGGAGACAACCCACAGUGUAAACCGGUGACUUGUCCAGAGCCAUUCGAGGCUCUGAAUGCUGAGAGAGAAGGUGACAUUUUCGAAUUCGACCACAGCAUCAAAUACAAAUGUACGGAAGGCUUUACAAUGCAGGGCGAGGAUGAGAUAACCUGCAGAGCGGAUGGAACAUGGUCAGAUGCAGUCCCUGUAUGUGAGAUGGUGACCUGUUCUACCAUACCCGAUAUCGAGCAUGGUAGAUGGGAACUCAGAUCUUUGGCCGAAGUACCCAUCAAGACGGAGCCUAUUACUGCCAAGGGGCAUGCUAAAGGACGUGCUAAGGGGCGUACAAAAGAUCAUGGAAAAGUCGCCAAAUCCGCCAAACUCCAGGAACUCUUGCAGAACGCGGGUGACGAAGGCAUCAUUCAUAAUUUCGGUGACCUGGUCGAGUUCGAAUGCGAUCCGGGUUAUGCCAUGACCACCAGUUCCUUCCUCGAGUGCACCGAACGAGGCUGGAGUGCUCCUGUGCCGCAGUGUCACCCCGUCAUAUGCCCCAUCCCUAUCCAGAUCCCCCAAGGAAGUAUUACCGGUAGCAAUUACACCUUCGGCAACACGAUCACUUAUACGUGCGAGGAAGGACACGAGUUAGUCGGGGAGAGCGUCAGAACUUGCCAGGAAAACAAGGAGUGGAAUGGCACGGAGCCGUUCUGCAAGGAGGUCGAAUGCCCGCGGCCGGCUCCCCUGGACGACGGGCAGACCAUAGGCACUGACAUUACGUACCAGUCCAUCCUCUCCUACGUCUGUGACCCCGGGUUCAAGCUGGAAGGGGUUAAAACUAGGACGUGUGGCAGCGACGGACACUGGACCGACGAACAGCCAACUUGCGUCGAGGUGUUCUGUUUGCUCCCUGACGAAGUCGCUCACGGCACGAGGAAUAUCAUCAGCCUUAGGGUAGGCGGCACAGUGAGGUACACCUGCAUGGAGGGCUACCGCAUGCAGGGCGCGGCGACGCUCAACUGCGCCAACGACGGCGUGUGGGACGCGGCCGCUCCGAGGUGCGUGCAGGUCGACUGCGGCCCCGCGCCCUCCGCCCCCUUCGUCGUCAGCCAUGGCGACUACACCGUUUACGGUUCGAAGGUGAGCUUCGGGUGCGAGCGAGGCUACCGCGCCGAGGGCCCCGAGUGGACCACCUGCCUGCAGUCCGGCAGCUGGAACAACGAAGCGCCCGACUGCCUGCUGGUCGUGUGCCCGCCGCCCUCCGCCCCUGCGCACGGGCGCGUGUUGAAUCACGACGAUGACGAUGACUCCUCAGAAGAGCGAGAGAUCGAGGAGAUGCUCCCCAUCAUCCCGAGGAAGGGCGGGACGAAGACGAAGAAGACGAAGAAGGGGAAAAAAGGGCGAGGAAAAGCACCAGCGAGACUCGUGUCUCAAGGUGGGUCAAGUUUCCUCCCGCUCGGCCCCCUCCUCCAACACCGGUAUCCCCUUCCGCCCACGCCCUACCCCCCCCCCCUAACCUCCUGUCUCCCAUCCCCCUUGGCAGGCGUUCGUUGCGUCGACCCCCUCACCCCCCCCAACGCCGAACUGCCACCGUCUGCCCCGAGUUCUUACGCUUACCAGGAUCGCGUUCACUUCCGGUGUAAGGAGGGACAUCUGAUGCGAGGGAAGCUCUCCUCUACCUGCCUGGAGUCUUCGUCGUGGUCUCCUGUGAGCGGCCAGUGUAGCAGAAUAUCGUGCGGGCGUCCGAAGGUGAAGGAAGGAGGCGUCGUGCUCCGCGGAAGGUACUACUACCAAGACCGAGUGGUAUAUCGGUGUCCUUCGGGCAAAGUUCCCAAUGGAACUAAAGUGCUGACGUGUCAGGCUGACGGAAUGUGGUCGGGAGUGGCAGCGUGUGUGAAGAAAUGCGCCAAACGGUGCCUCAACGGUGGCAUCUGUCUCAAUAACAUCUGCUCUUGCCCGCCGGGUUAUCAAGGAAACCCCAGAUGCCCAAAAAAAUGCCACCUAGACCCCCAAAACGAAAGGAAGACUAUGACUACUAUCGGGGGUAGCGGACCCUCGCAGCUCAGGCCCUUCAGUUACCCUCGAAGCGUGGCCGGUCCUCAGCUGAUGCAUUAUAAUGCUUCAUUUUGUGGUGGUAAAAGUGCUUCUUUCUGUCUUUUAGAUGUGAAUAGCCUGUGUACUAAGGCAUCCUCAGAUACCUACUUUUUCAAUGACAUAUUUUCUCAGCCUAAGACUGAAGAUUUGACAAUGAGCACUGAUUCGGUGGACUUUUCUCUACAUGCGUAUAGGGCCUGGAUAAUUUCUUCGGCUUUGAAACGUCUUGAAAGUCUGGGACGGGCUAGUUUACAGCCUCAGGCAGCAGAGGCACACAGCUGCGAUGCCACCUUUCUACAUGGGAGACUCAAUAUAAAAAUGUCUUUGAGGCUUACACAACUUUCACACAAUAUGUACAGCAACAGCAAAUGUACAGACACACUAGGACAACAUAUACAGACAAUUGUGUCGCAACAGGUGGUAACGCUUAACAUAAAAGUCUUGAUAUUACCACUGAUUACAUUCAAUCUGUGCUCAACUAAGUCCUCAGCCAACAUAGUGACUUUGCAGAUACCCAUUGUCAACUGGAGUACGCAUGAAUAUAAUAAAGACACAGUCAUAUUUUCAUCAGAUACGGACGCUGACAAGUGCUGUUAA